AAUUUGAGAAUUUCGUCGGGGUAUUUGCGUGUCAUUUUAUUGAUUAUCUCUUUUGUUUUAUUAUGUGGUUUAUCAUUCACAAAUCAAAGGCUGUUCUCGAGAUCAUCUUUGGUAUGAGAGUUCAUAUAACAAAUGAAGACUUUUCAUCACAUGUGAAAAACGAGAAAGUUGUUAUCAUAAUGAACCAUCGAACGAGACUUGAUUGGCUUUACUAUUGGUCUGUCAUAUUUCGUCAACAACGGCUGGAACAUGAGAAAAUUAUUUUGAAAAAUGAAUUGAAGCAUAUUCCUGGGGCAGGGUGGGGAAUGCAGACUGUGAUGUUUUUAUUUAUCAAGAGGAAUUGGGACAAAGACAAAGAGUACCUUCGUCAAAUCCUGCAUUAUUUCACAGAUAUCAACUACCCUCUACAGCUGCUGAUAUUCCCCGAGGGCACUGACCUGGACACACAUUCUCUGGAGAAGAGUAAAUCCUAUGCCUUGAAAAAUAAUCUACCCAUAUACAAAUAUGUCCUCCAUCCCAGAUUGAAAGGUUUUACAUACUGCGUUGAGCAACUGAGAUCACGUCACGGGAUUGAUGCAAUAUAUGAUGUCACAGUUGGUUAUGUUGGUAACAUGUGCACGUCCGAGUCAGACCUAGCGAAGGGACGUUUCCCACAAGAUGUUCACUUUCACAUCAAGAGGCAUCCUAUUGGUAGCAUACCCGAGUCUACCGAAGGAUUAGAAAAAUGGUGCAAGGAAAGAUGGGCAGAAAAAGAAACAACUUUGGAACAGUUUUACAAAGAAGGAAAUUUCAUUCCGCAACACGAGGAGAAGUCGAUGGUGGACGAGAUGACAGUUAAAUAUCAAAUGAUUUUCUGGAUAGUUUACUGGUUCACCUUUCUUUGUGUUGUAUUCAUGUUGUUGUAUAAAUAUUGGUGGGUUCGUUGGUAUACAUUGAUUAUGUUUAUAGUAUUCUUUUUGCAAUCCACAUUUGGUGGUGGUUUUGAAACACUUCAAGUGAAACAACAGGCAUUGAACUCAAAGCAUGUAGUCACCAAGAACAAUGGCCAUGCCAGUAGUAAAUAUGGCACUCAAAACAGUAACGGCAAGACGCGCUAA